UCAUUCUAUUUUGGCAAAAUUUCCUAAUUUUUUUUAAUAUCCAAGUAAAUAAAGACAACAAAGACAACCUCAAUAACAUAGAGCUAAAGGAAAUAGAUCUCAAGUUCUAACAUUUUCAGGAGUUAUCUAUACUCUUGAGAAUGGCAUCAUCAUCUGUUCCUGUUUACUUGAAAGAUGAAAACCUAACACAAGAAACAAGAGAUCUACUUUCUUCUCUUCCAAGCGAGAAAGGUUGGUUAGUCAGUCAAAUGUAUCAAUUCGAAGGAAGUUGGCAGACACAAGCUCUGGUACAAGGAAUCGUGAACUGCCAGAAACACUUUGAAGCCAACGAUUCCGACGUUAUCCUCGCCACCCUUGCUAAAUCAGGCACUACUUGGUUAAAAGCUCUUCUCUUUGCUCUCAUUCACCGACACAAGUUCCCAGUUUCUGGCAAGCAUCCUCUUCUAGUUACCAAUCCGCACUCCCUUGUACCCUUCUUGGAAGGAGAUUACUGCGUAUCUCCAGAGGUCAAUUUCUCCGAGUUGCCUUCUCCAAGACUCAUGCAGACGCACUUAACGCAUCAUUCUCUGCCGGUUUCCAUUAAGAGCUCGUCUUGUAAGAUUGUAUAUUGUUGUAGAAACCCUAAGGACUUGUUUGUUUCCAUAUGGCAUUUUGGGAGGAAACUUGCUCCAGAAGAAACAGCGGAGUACCCGAUUGAAACAGCGGUUGAAGCGUUUUGUAAAGGGAAGUUUAUUGGUGGACCGUUUUGGGAUCAUGUGUUGGAGUACUGGUACGAAAGCCGCAAGAAUCCGAACAAGGUCUUGUUUGUUACAUAUGAGGAGCUCAAGAAGCAGACUGAGGUGGAGGUUAAGAGAAUCGCGGAGUUCAUUGGAUGUGGUUUUACUGCUGAGGAAGAAGUGAGUGAGAUUGUGAAGUUGUGUAGCUUUGAGAGUUUGAGUAGUUUGGAAGUUAAUAGACAAGGAAAAUUGCCAAAUGGAAUAGAGUCUAACGCUUUCUUUAGGAAAGGAAAGGUUGGAGCAUGGAGAGAUACUUUGAGUGAAUCAUUGGCAGAGGUUAUAGAUAGAGCCGCUGAAGACAAGUUUGGAGGUUCUGGUCUGAAAUUUUCUUCUUGAAUCAAUCUUUAAGACUUGUUGUUAUGUUUUCUGUUUUCGCUUUGAUGAUGUUUCUUCAAUCUUGUGACUUUGUUGUUUUUUUCCUUGAGGGUUGAGUUUUUGUUGUUCUUCUUCUUGUACGAAUAAAAUGGAUAAUGUUUGUAUU